UACCGUAUCUCGUAACAUGGUGCGUUCCAAUUGACCCGCGUUCGUUCAGCUGGUCAGCUGCAGUCAGCUGGUGGGCCUAGCAAGAGCUCGCGCGUCGUCAAAGAAUUCGCACAGUGUCUUUUAUUUUGAUUCUCGGUUCGAAAUAUUCCCAUUCGCAGAUGUUGCGUUCCGCGUUAUUCCGAUUGUUCCUUUUCUCCAAGAAAAGACAGCGUAUCGUCGACGUGUAAUUCUGAUACCAAACACCUCUAAUUGCCCUCUUAUUGCAGCCAUGAAAGGUGUAUUUUAAUUUUAACUUCUGAGCUGUCUGAUGAUGUAUUUCUCUAUUUGAACGUUAAUCGGUAUGUUGCAGUAUUGCAGUGGAGCACCAAUAAUAAUUUAUGAACUAAAUUCUUGGUGUUCUAACAAAAAAUGUAAAAACUCAUCACCCUCUACAAUGGAUUGUUAUAUUUAAUACCAAGACAAGACAUACGUUCUUGUUAUCAAUAUUAACUUGUCUAGUGUUAUUACUGUAUGUAUUUAAUUUUCUCAUUUUCCAGGAAACUUUCCUUUGUCCCAACCAGCAAAACGCACAGUUAGAAAAUUGUACGAUAGCGAAAUUAAUGCAUAAUCAAGAACAUGGGCACAAAGAAUGUGGCAGAAUGGACAUUCCAAGAUGUCGCGACCUGGCUGGAAGAAAAUGGUCAUUCCCGAUUUAAGUCUGCCUUCAACGUUCAUGGAAUAGAUGGCAGAGCACUCUUGACCCUAACGGAGGAGGAUCUGAAGCCUGAAUGGAUGAACAUCAGAUGCAUUGGAGAUAUCAAAAGACUGCACAUCAGUAUUAAACAGUUGCAAAGAGACAACAUCACUACUUUGUAUGAGCUGGGACACAUCGAUUUGUUCCCAUCACCCAAUUACUAUACUCAUCAACGUCACGAAGUACCUAGCAACGGAGUGGUUACCAAUGACGGCUCUAUGGAACACGAAUCUUACUCGGCAUCCGUGUCUGAAGAUGGUCAAGCAUCUCAUCUACCACCAGAAAUUUGGAAAACUUUUAUAAGCUUAGGGUACCUCUUCAUUGUCACAUGGAUUACUGCCUUCGUUAUGGUCAUUGUUCACGAUCGAGUACCUGAUAUGAAAAAAUACCCACCAUUGCCAGACAUAUUUUUAGAUAAUGUUCCACACAUACCGUGGGCCUUUGACAUGUGCGAAGUAACAGGGACCUUACUGUUUGCAAUUUGGCUGGUGGUGCUAAUCUUUCACAGAUAUAGGUUUAUAUUACUGCGAAGAUUCUUCGCCCUGUCUGGGACAGUCUUCCUUUUGAGAUGCGUAACCAUGCUCAUAACUUCUCUGUCUGUACCUGGUGCUCAUCUGCAGUGUCAGCCAAGGAAGGGGUCUGAUGAAGAAUGGUCGGGGUAUGCGACUGCAUAUGGUGAACUCUACAACAAGAUAUCCAUGGCGUAUGUAAUCUGGCGAGGCGCUGGCAUGUCUAUUCAGGGAGUUCGAACUUGCGGUGAUUACAUGUUCAGCGGGCAUACAGUGGCAUUGACUAUGUUGAACUUCUUCAUAACUGAAUAUACAUCAAGGCAGUUGUACUUCCUGCACACGUUCACGUGGAUGCUCAAUAUGUUUGGAAUAUUUUUUAUUCUGGCAGCACACGAGCACUACUCUAUCGACGUGUUUGUUGCAUUUUACAUAACUUCUCGACUCUUUUUAUAUUAUCAUACACUGGCUAACAAUCAAGCCUUAAUGCAACGGGAUUCCAAUCGAACAAGAAUUUGGUUUCCACUGUUCAGCUUCUUCGAGUCGUCGGUUGACGGCAUUGUUCCAAACGAGUAUGAAUCGCCUUCACAGAUCAUUUGCAAUUUGAUAUGUGCCGGAAAGGAUGCAUUCAAUUUCGUUUAUUCCCACAUCUCGUUUCAUAAAGCCCAACUUUGCAACAAUGUUGAGGAAGUUCCGUCGAAUGGGAGAGGAGGCGAUGGUGGUAAAAAAAAGAAACUUUAACGUUACGUCAAUUUUUACAAGGUGUAUUAUAAUAUUACAGAUU